GACAUACAAGGAUGGCUCAUUCUCCUCGCGCGGAUCGCAUUGCCAAUCGUGGUGUUCUUUAUCACUUUCGGCCCCAAGAUCGAUGCGUGGCUCUCCUCAUGGGGUCCUCAUUACAGCCGAGAUGAGAUGCUCCGGCACUGGAAGGUCACACAAGGAUGUCAGAGACCUCCAGCUUUCAGCAAUCUCAAUCUUGCGACAGCGGAGACGGCGCCGUCGCUUUUUCAGAAGCCGGAGCCUCCGCGACCGAAGGCAAAGCCCAAGGCUCGCGAAGGACGUGACAAGGCUUCUGAGAAGGAGCGAUCGGGAGAAAGAGGAGAGAAGGCGGACUUCGAGAAGCAGCCCGUGUCGGAUGAUCUGGCUGGAGGAAGGCCGGCCAAGACGCAGGAGGUCUCCUCCAGAAAAUCUUCGGCAGACAAGGAUAUCGUGCCGGAGGAGGACAGAAAUGCGUUGCGGAGAAUGCAUUUCGAGAGCCUCGUCAACUUCGUGGCUUUCAAUCGCAAAGAACCUCAGCGUGUCUUCCUGCCGGCAGGAGAUCCGCCCCCUCCGCCGAGAAAAUCACCUACGGAGGCGGCGGAGGUGAGUGGGAAGGAUGUUCUGCAAGCAAACCGAGAGGCUCAGAUGGUCCUCCACGGAGUGUUGGAGAUGGAAGCUUCUGGGCCCAACUCGGUGCUGGGAGGUGUGGCCCGCAGCCUCUCUGACCAGCUCAGCGCUGCUUCAGUGGAGAUUCUCUCGGAGACGUUCGGAUUGAUGGUGCGAUCCUGCAUCAAGGUGGUUGACCUGCCCUCAUGUAGCGACUUCCUCCUUCGCAUGGAGGCAGCUGGGCUGGCGCUUGACGGAGAGCUCCUGGACCAGGUCAUGGAGCUCUACUGGUCGCAGAAGAAGCAGUCCCAGGAGCCUACACGAAACGAUUCUCUCAAUAUCCUCCCACAGCAUCUUCGAAGUGCUGCGGAGCAGUACCAGCCGCGCCAGGACGCGGCUUCGUCCUCCUCCUCGCAGCCAGUGUCACUUCAAGGCAUGCAGCAGACCUUUGAACAACUGUCUCAGAGCAGCCACUUUCAAGCGCCUCUCUCUGGGCUGCCGUUGCACCUCGUCUGUUAUGCAUAUUCAUUCUUGAGCGUGCAUGCCGAGGGCUGUUUGAUGGGCUGA